AUGGCUAUGAAGCUUAUACACCGCGACUCAAUGCCCCUUCUCAACUCAAAACCUAGAGCUCCAGCCACUCCAGAAGAUCAUAUACAACACUUGACAGACAUUUCAUCAGCCCGGUUUAAGUAUCUAACUAACUCAAUAGACAAAGAGCUAGGCAACAGCGACUUCCAAGUAGAUGUGCAACAAGCAAUCAAAACAUCACUCUUCUUUGUGAAUUUCUCAAUAGGACAGCCUCCGGUACAACAGUACACAAUCAUGGACACAGGAAGCUCACUUCUAUGGAUCAGAUGUCUUCCCUGCAAACAUUCCUUAUCAUCUCCACCUCUCUUCAAUCCAUCACUCUCUUCAACAUACUCAGAGUAUUCUUGCCACGAUGGCUUCUGCAGGUACGGACCAACCGGGAGAUGUGGCUCAUCAGAAGAGUGUCUCUACGACCAAGUCUACAUAAACGGUGCUGGCUCAAAAGGUGUUCUUGCUAAAGAACAGUUAACGUUCACAACACCAAACGGGAACAGAGUCUUGACAAGACCUGUUGGCUUCGGUUGUGGCCAUGAGAAUGGAGACCAGUUGGAGAGUGAGCUUACAGGGAUUUUGGGUUUAGGAGCUAGACAGACGUCGCUCGCGGUGCAGCUAGGUUCCAAAUUCUCUUACUGCAUCGGCGACUUAUCUAACAAGAACUACGGUUUCAACCAGCUGGUUCUUGGUGAGGACGCUGAUGUUCUUGGCGAUCCAACGCGUAUUCAGACAGAGAAUGGUAUCUACUACAUGAAUCUUGAAGGGAUUAGUGUUGGUGACAAGCAACUGAACAUCGAACCGGUUGUGUUCACUAAAAGAGGGGAAAGAACAGGAGUCAUACUCGACUCAGGGACGCUCUACACUUGGUUAGCUGAUAGAGCUUACAGAGAGCUACACAAUGAAGUGAGAUCAAUUCUUGAUACGCAGCUGGAGAGGUUCUGGUAUAGGGACUACUUGUGUUACCAUGGGAGAGUAGGCGAAGAGCUUAUAGGCUUUCCUGUGGUGACGUUUAGAUUUGCAGGAGGAGCUGAGCUUGCUAUGGAGGCUGGAAGCAUGUUUUAUGCGAUGAACGAACCGGAUGUGUAUCAGAACGUGUUUUGUAUGGCGGUGAGGCCGACGACAGACCAUGGAAGACAGUAUAAAGAUUUCACAGCUAUUGGGUUGAUGGCACAACAGUACUACAACAUUGCUUAUGACCUGAAUGAACAAAACGUUUAUCUCCAGAGAAUUGAUUGUGUUCUACUUGAUGAUUAUUCUCCAUCAUGA